AUCUAAUAAAAAAAUCUAAUAAAAAAAUUUUAUAUCAAUAUUUAAUACAAUUUUUAUUUAAUUUUAAUCAAAUUUUAUAUAUUUUGACUGAAAAAGUAAAAAAUGAACAAAUAGGAUAGAAAAAGGGAGGGUAUUUGAGAUAUAAUCCUUGGUGGAGCUUUAUUCUUUGUCAAAACAUAAAACCUUGAGCCUCUGUCUGGAGAUGCUCUCCUUCCGUGCACCUCUGGCAGGGGUGUGGGGCUUCCGGUGUGGGCCUUCAUCCUUUUCUCCAAGUUUCCGUUCCCUCCGUUAAUUUUCUCGUUUGAAUGUUUGGUAGAAGAUGUAUUGGAACUUGUCUGUGCAGUGGAUAUCACGUCGUUUUUACCAAAUUUCGGCUGUGAAACUUGAAGUAUAAUCUGGAAGAAGUCGGGGAAAGCGGGUGUAGCAAGCAUGGAAGCUGAGAAGGUUUUAAUGGAAUACUACAUUCCCGAUCACAUACUAUUGUCUGAAAUAGAAGCAACAGCGUCUCAUGAACAAGCACCGCCUCCUUGCCCCGUCAUAGUGUUUAUUAAUUCCAGAAGUGGUGGCCAGCUUGGGGAUGAACUUCUUUUGACCUAUCGUAGGCUUCUAAACAAACAUCAGGUAUAUGAUUUGGGGGAAAGCGCUCCGGACAAGGUUCUACACCAGCUUUAUUCUAACUUGGAGAAGCAUAAGCGAAAUGGAGAUAAAAUGUGUUUCGAAAUCGAGAAGAGAUUGAGAAUCAUUGUUGCAGGGGGUGAUGGAACAGCUGGUUGGCUUCUCGGCGCGGUUUCGGAUCUUAAACUAGCAUGCCCACCACCAAUUGCAACAGUGCCUUUAGGAACAGGAAAUAAUCUCUCAUUUUCAUUUGGCUGGGGGAAAAAGAACCCUGGUACGGACUGCAGCUCAGUCAAGGACUUCUUGGCUCAAGUAAGGAAUGCAAAAGAGAUGAAAGUUGACAGUUGGCAUAUUUUUAUGCGAAUGAGGGCUCCUAGUGGAGGUUCUUGUGAUCCCAUCCCACUUCUUGAGCUACCACCUUCAUUGCAUUCCUUUAAGCGUGUCUCUCAAACAGAUACAUUAAAUGAGGAUGGCUACCACACAUUUCGAGGAGCAUUCUGGAACUACUUCAGCAUGGGGAUGGACGCACAAGUUUCCUAUGCAUUUCACAGCGAGAGGAAGCUACGUCCUGAAAAUUUUAAAAACCAAUUAGUUAAUCAGACUACCUAUGCAAAGCUUGGUUGUACUCAAGGAUGGUUUUGGGCUUGUCUUACACAUCCAUCCUCAAAGAAUAUUGCACAGCUGAGUAAGGUUAAAAUCCUGAAAAAGACAGGUGAUUGGAUAGACCUCGACAUACCUACAAGCAUCAGGUCCAUUGUGUGCCUCAACCUCCCCAGCUUUUCUGGUGGACUCAAUCCUUGGGGAAGUCCCAAUAAGAAAAAGCUCCACGAGAGAGACUUGACACGGCCGUAUGUUGACGAUGGGCUGAUUGAGGUUGUUGGAUUUCGGGAUGCUUGGCAUGGGCUUGUUUUGCUUGCUCGAAAUGGGCACGGAAGGCGCCUUGCACAGGCACACGGAAUUCGGUUUGAGUUCCAUAAAGGGGCAGCUGACCACACAUUCAUGAGGAUUGACGGAGAACCAUGGAAACAGCCCCUUCCUUUGGAUGGUGACUCUGUUGUUGUGGAGAUUUCUCAUUUCGGACAAGUGACCAUGCUCACUGCUCCCAACGGCUGCAGGUCUAGGAGUGUUCUAUUUUAAAGAGGACAGGUCCUUUUUAUUGAGCAACUAGAAACCUUGCAUUAAUCAUAUUUUACCAAUUUAAUGAUCCAGUUUGAGAACUGAUCAUGAAAAGAAUGAGAAUAUAGUCUUUAGCCUAUGUUUGGAUGGGUAGAAAAAGAGAGGAAUUGGAAAGAAAAGUAAUGGAGAGAAAAAAACAAAUUUUGGGAGCAUUCUCUCUUGUUCAGAUAAAGGGGAAAAAAUGGUGGGGCGCAGACCAAAACUUUUCUUCCCAACUUUGUGAAGAAAAGGUGAGGUAGAGG